UUGAAGAUUUCCAAGAUUUUAAUUAUUGUUAGUAUUCUUAUACCAUGUAAGGAUUUCAUCUGGAUAAAACAGUGAAAACUUUACCAGUAUAUAAUCACCACUUUAUUUUUUGCCAUGGCUGCGUACGAAUCAGUAAGCCGUAGCAAAAUAUCUAUCAUCGGUAAAGAGUCGUACUUAGAUCUAAAAAAAGCUCAACUGCCACCGCUUACUUUACCAGAGUCUGAAGAUGAUUAUGACCCUCAAAAACAUAGAAACCCUUCGCGAGCUAUUGGUAAAUGGAUGGCGUACUUCAACAUGUCCCGGACGAUGCUGGGUGCCGGCAUGUUGGCCAUACCGCUCGCCACUAGCCAAGCGGGGCUGGCUCUGGGGACCUUCUUGAAUGUCGCCACUUUACUCAUCAUUAUUAAGGCCCAUUGGACUUUGUUAUGGUGCUUAAAUGAAAUCAGUCGGCAGUUGAGAAUUCCAUACAUUUCGUAUCGCUAUGGAUUUCGAAUAGCCCUGUUACAUGGGCCGUCGUGGUUGCAUUGCAUUGCUAGAAAGGGAUCUCUGCUGAUAUCUAUAUUAAUGCUUAUGAGUCAGUUGGGAAUAUGUACGGUCUACGUAAUAUUCACGGUGGGAUGUGUUCGAGACGUCUUGGAUAUAGAGUCAUAUAACAUUGCAAUGGCAAUCAUUAUAUUACCGUUCCUGCUUUUGGGAUAUUUUAUGAAUACACUAAGGAUUGUGAGCUAUACGUCGAUGUUAGCGACUGCUUUAACUUUUAUUGGAAUAUCGAUAGUUUUAUUCCAAACCGUCUAUUAUAUGAAAGAUCAUGUAAAAUUUAAGUGGGCCUCUACAAACGCUAUACCCAUAUUUUUCGCGAUCGGAUCGUACUUGUUCAAUCUUAGCGCAACCGGUGUGAUACUGUAUUUAGAUAGAGCCUUGAGGAAUCCAAAGAUUUUGACGACUCGCACGGGCGUAGUGGCGGUGGGAAUGGGCGUUCCCGGAUUAUUCAGCAUAAUAUUUGGUGGCUUCGGUUACAUUUCCUUGGGGGCUAUGGACGAAAACAUAUUGAGGUCACUGCCUUUUGAUAGAGCAGAAAGUAUGGUAGCAAUAUCUUUCUACUGUCUCGCUAUAACACUUGCCUACCCACUACAAGCCUACCCAGCGACACAGAUCGUCAUAGAGAUCAUAGUUGAACGCUACGAUACGAGACCAGACGAAAAGUACUUGAAAUUGGUUGAGAAGCUCAUACGUGGCAUAUUUAUUUUUAUCACUUUCCUAGUGGCUUAUGUGGUGCCGUUCCAAGGUUCCUUCGUGGCGUUUGUCGGGUGCCUCUGCACCUCGAUCCUCUGCCUCGUGUUCCCCGCCCUCAUGCACCUCAGCUUACUGUACCCAGACCAGUACGGUACCUACAAGCACCAGCUAGCCACUGACGUCUUCAUCAUCAUGAUAGGCCUAGUGUGUUUCCUGUGCGGAGCGGUUAUGUGCGCGUAUCUUUUGUAUAUUAGGAUUUUGUUCAUGAUUAAUAGUGAGAAUAAAUAUAUGUGAAAUGUUAA